CUUGUGGCUUCUGGGAUUUCUUCCUGGGGUUCCACAGGGGCCUCCGAGGAGAUGAAGAGCCUCAUGAAGGCCUCCUACACCCCCGAUGUGAUUGAGAAAUCCGUGAGGGACAUCGAGCACUGGCAUGGCAGGAAGACGGAUGAUCUGGGUCGGUGGCACCGGAAAAACGCCAUGAACAUGAACUUGCAGAAAGCACUGGAGGAGAAAUACGGAGAAAAGAGCAAGGCCUCCAAGUACUAGAUGCGACCCAAGGCGGUGACCUCGACUCAAGAGAAAGUGCUAACGAUAAAGCUAAAAAUAAAGACAAAG